AUGGGUUCCGACCCCCAGUACGUGAAGUGGCCAUUGCUGCCUCUGUCGCAGCACGUUUUCACCCUCACAAACGGUUAUGCCACUAAAAUCGCGCAACAAGCUGCUGUAAAGGCUCUCCAAGAUGCUAUCGCACAGGAUAAGAUGGCUCCUUUCUACCGAUAUCUUGCCCACCCACUCGACGGCGUCCUCAACACUCUUGGCGAGGGCGGCUCUUCUGCUCCCGGGCGACCUCUCAGCAGAAAGUCCAGUCUUGUUGGAAUGAUUGCUACUAAGCCUGCCGCUACCAUCGUCAGUCUGCCCUGGGACGAGGGCCUCUAUAACCAGUUGAAGGAAGAUAAUGAUCGGGAGCUGCAAGAGUUCCAGAAAGAGGAGGAUGAUGCCGUUGAGCAAGCUGGUGAUACCGAGGUCAUGGCUGCUCAGGGGAAGCGAGCUGAGUUCUGGGCUCGUGUGGGAGAUAAGGACAAGGCCAUUGCCGCCUACGAGAGCCUCUCCGAAAAGACGGGAAUCCUCGGUACCAAGAUCGACGUCGUCCUCGCCAUAAUACGCAUGGGUCUCUUCUAUGGCGACAAGCCUCUUGUCAAGAAGCACGUCGAACGUGCGAAGACACUUGUCGAAUCAGGCGGUGACUGGGACCGCCGCAACCGUCUCAAGGCCUACGAGGGUCUGCACCUACUCACACUUCGCUCCUACAACCUCGCUGCGCCUUUACUGCUCGACUCUCUCUCUACGUUCACCAGUUACGAACUCUGCACCUAUUCCAACCUCGUUGUUUACUCCGUUCUGGCUGGUUCAGUGUCUCUCAAGCGAGUCGAUUUCAAGUCAAAGGUUGUAGACGCACCUGAAAUCAAGGCUAUCCUGGGUGACGGCGAGGACAAGCUUCUUGCUCUCAGUGGUGCUCUCAGUGCUGGCCCUGGUGCCGAUGACACUACCGGUGCGAAGGCUCCUAAGACGGCCACCGCUGCUGUCAACCUGACCACGUUGGGCACCAGUACGGAGCAACCUGAAGCCGAGAUGGCCAUUGACUUUAGCCCUCUAGCGCUGCUCGUUAGCAGUCUGUACAGCGGAAACUAUAAGACCUUCUUCAAGUCUCUCGCCGAGGUCGAGGAGCAGUUCCUAAACCAGGACCGCUAUCUUCAUGAGCACAAGAACUGGUUUAUUCGGGAGAUGCGACUUCGCGCCUAUCAGCAGCUUCUUCAAAGCUACAGAGUUGUUGGCCUGGAGAGCAUGGCCAAUGACUUCGGAGUCACUGUUGACUUCCUCGAUCGUGACCUCGCCCGCUUCAUCGCUGCUGGGCGUAUCCCCUGCACCAUCGAUCGCGUGACAGGCAAGGGUGUGAUCGAGACAAACCGCCCCGAUGACAAGAACAAGCAGUAUCAGGAUGUUGUGCGACAGGGUGAUCAGCUCAUCACAAAACUACAAAAGUACGGCCAGGCUGUGCGACUGAGGGGUAGUGAGAGGGCAUAA